AUGAAUUCUACCUUUGUCAGGCCAUUGGGCUUUUACAUUGGCGGCUUUCAGUCGCUACCUUAUUCGCAAUAUUACUUUCUGUUCCUGAGUAUUAUUUAUCUUGCAACACUCUUUUGCAAUUUUUUUCUCAUGGUAAUUAUAAUGUAUGUGGAGAGUCUGCACACUCCAAAAUACAUUGCUAUAUUCACACUCUCAGUAAUAGAUGUAAGUUAUAGUACAACUAUCAUUCCAAAAUCAGUAGAUGCAUUUCUGUUUGGUUCAAAAUUUGUCUUAUAUGAGACCUGUUUGACUCAGAUGUUUUUUGUUCUUUUUUUCUCCGCAAUGGAAUCAUUUUCAAUUACUAUUUUAGCAUAUGACAGACUUAUAUCGAUUUGUUUUCCUUUACAAAGUGUCACAAUCAAUACAAAUACUAGAAUGAUUAGGAUUAUACUCAUUUCUGCGUGCAUCCCUCUUAUGGUGGAUGUUGUCACAGUUUAUUUAAUUACACGCUUGUCAUUCUGCAGAUCUACUGUUAUUAACAGUUAUUAUUGUGAUCACGGACCUGUGUUCAACUUGGCAUGUAAUGACUUUACACCAAACUGGAUGGCUGCAUACUUUGGUAUUGUUACAUUUUUCUGUGUUCCCUUGGCUUUCAUUGUAAUAUCUUAUAUAUGCAUUGUUUCAGCAUUAUUAAAGAUAGCAUCAACAGAGGGCAGAAAAAAAGCAUUUAAAACCUGUACAACACACUUAUCUUUAGUGGCUAUAUUUUACAUUCCUUUAUUAGCAAUUUACCUUACAUCUUGGAUAAGAUUAUCAGUAGACACCAAUACUCGGAUUUUCAAUACUUCUUUAGCUGCCACUCUGCCUCCUUUAUUAAACCCCGUUAUUUAUACAUUAAAAACAGAAGAAAUCAUGGUGGAGAUUAAAAAGAUCUUUAAGAGAAAAAUAGCUAAUUAAUCUACCUUUCAUUUGAUCUUUCUAGCACAGCUUCUUAAUUAAGAGAUCUCAAUUUGUGAACUAAAACAUAGGAAAUGAAACGAAAACCUAAGUUUUAAUUUAGUGCACUGAAUGUUAG